UCACGGAAACGGCGUAGCUAACGUGCGCAGCGACAAAGGCAGCGAGCCCGAAACCUAUGGGGAAGGAAUAAAAAAAAAGAAAUUCAGUAUCGUCGCACUCUGUACCUAAAGACCAUCAUUUUCUGAAGAGGUCGCUGCCCCGGAGCUUCGGUGAAGAAGCCGAAAUUUGACGGCAACGAGGGCGGAUUUUGAACCCGUUUAUUCGUUGAGGAAGACUGUGGCAACUGGCCGAUUUUCCGUUGGACGGUCUGUAGGCUAGGGUAUAGCGAGGGAGCCGCCAUGGCAGUCGGAUCAUUGAGCCUCCACAUCGGGAUAUGAAGAGGAACUGCAUGUGUCCCGAAUCGUCAAGAAAACGCCGCAUUUACCUUUGAUCCGCAUUGGAUCAGCUCUCUUAAUAUUUGCUAUCACCCUUCUUCAUCUUUGUGAAAUUGCUUCUGUAUCCAGAAAGAAAUCGCAAUUGGGUUUAAUCGGGGGGGUGGGGGGGCACAGGGAGAGGCCAGAUUCAUGACUAUUUUAGUCGGAGACGUGUCUUCAGAGGCCCGCUGAAAGAAAACCUGGAAUAUAAGGAAGAAAUGCUGCUCUGACUGACCGUUGGUGGGCAAGAAAGGGUAGUUUAUUAGGUGAUAGGAACCAGAGUAAAGGAGAAAGGGAUCGCUUUCUGCCUGUCCUCCCUGGGAAUUAAAGUGAUAUUCAUUUACUUUCAUCCUUUUUGGAUGAGAAGUUUAGACGAAACGAUCGGCCCUGUCGUUUAGCAAGUCACAGUCUCCGAGUCGAGAGAGAAUCAAAGGGAUUGGAUCAUGUCGGGUCGGCCCAGGACCACAUCCUUCGCGGAGAGCUGCAAACCAGUGCCGCAGCCCUCGGCUUUCGGCAGCAUGAAAGUCAGCAGGGAUAAAGAUGGAGGCAAGGUAACAACAGUUGUAGCCACCCCAGGCCAAGGCCCCGACCGGCCACAGGAAGUGAGCUACACGGACACUAAGGUCAUUGGCAACGGCUCGUUCGGCGUUGUCUAUCAGGCUAAACUCUGCGACUCCGGAGAGAUGGUGGCCAUCAAAAAGGUCCUGCAAGACAAGAGGUUUAAGAACCGUGAGCUGCAGAUCAUGAGGAAGUUGGACCACUGCAACAUAGUCCGCCUGCGCUACUUCUUCUAUUCCAGUGGAGACAAGAAAGAUGAAGUGUAUCUGAAUUUGGUUCUGGAUUACGUUCCUGAGACUGUCUACAGAGUGGCCAGACACUACAGCCGAGCCAAACAGACUCUGCCCAUGGUUUAUGUCAAGUUAUACAUGUACCAGCUGUUCAGGAGCCUGGCCUACAUCCAUUCGUUUGGGAUCUGUCAUCGGGACAUCAAGCCCCAGAAUCUGCUGCUGGAUCCAGAGACUGCCGUGCUCAAGCUCUGUGACUUCGGCAGUGCUAAGCAGCUAGUCCGCGGAGAGCCCAAUGUGUCCUAUAUCUGCUCUCGCUACUAUCGAGCCCCGGAGCUCAUCUUUGGUGCCACUGACUACACGUCCAGCAUAGAUGUGUGGUCAGCCGGCUGCGUGCUGGCAGAGCUGUUGCUAGGACAACCAAUAUUCCCUGGUGAUAGUGGGGUGGAUCAGUUGGUUGAAAUUAUAAAGGUUCUCGGGACUCCAACCCGAGAGCAGAUCCGUGAGAUGAACCCCAACUACACUGAGUUCAAAUUUCCCCAGAUUAAGGCACACCCUUGGACUAAGGUGAGUCAACAGGUUUUCCGGCCGCGUACCCUCCAGAGGCCAUCGCCCUGUGCUCUCGCUGCUGGAGUACACCCCAGGGCCCGCCUCACCCCUCUAGAGGCCUGCGCACACUCCUUCUUUGACGAGCUUCGCGACCCCAACGUCAAACUGCCCAAUGGGAGAGAGAAGCCCUCCCUCUUCAAUUUCACCACCCAGGAGUUAUCCAGUAAUCCCUCUUUGGCCUCCAUACUCAUCCCUGCCCAUGCCCGCAGCCAGGCCACUGCCUCUACCCCAACUAACACCUCUGUCACUACAGAUGGCAGCAGCACAGAGCGAGGUCCCAGCACCACCACCGCCUCUGCCUCGGCUUCCAACUCCACCUCCUGAGCCCGCAGACGACCCGCCCCGCUCCCUGGUCUCAGCCCCGACCCACGGCCUCUCCAUUGCCCCGGGCAGGGGGUGAGCUCCGCUCUGCUCAGCUCUGCUCUCCCCUGCUCUCCUCCCUGAUAGCAGCGGAGCGAUGCUGAAGCAGCCCGGGUUCAACAGCUAGCCAACAGCCCCAUGCCAUGACCGCAAACCACGCAUCCAUAGUCUGCCUCUUUUAUCCCUGACUGGCCCCUCAUCUAGCUGUAUGAACUCUACUCCAUCCUCCGUCAAAGGCGUCUCCCAGUGCCCUUUCAAUGGGGGAAGGAAAGCGCAGGGCCAGAGGUGUUGUCGACUGUACUAUGGAUAAAAGUACACUGUAAAUGUAUACACAAUGCUAGUCUGCUAUGUUUGUAAGAGGACAAUCUGUAGAAAAAGUCCUAAGCUGUCCCCCCCUUGGCCCUCAUCCCUAUAUGGUCUUCCUCCUUUGUCCUCCACCACAUUGUCCCAUUUUUCUGCAUCCUCAUCCUUUGACCUCUGACCCCAUGUGUCCCCUGGUUGAUUCCCCCCCCCCUUUUGGUUUCUCCUGUAGUGCAUGGUCUGAGUAUGGUUAGGAUCACCCGGGGGUCAGCCCACCCUCUCUCUUCUCACCUCCACUUCCGCAGACAAGGCAUGAGGCUCACGCACGGGUAUACACACGUACACACUCAUAAACUCACACACACACACACAAACACACACACACACACACACACAUACACACACAUGGGUGCAUGAUGAUCCUGAUGUAUGUGGAAAAAAGCAGUCCACUUGCAGGGGUACCGUUUGGACAGGUUAUUAUUAUUAUUAUUAUUAUUAUUUUAUUUUUAAAUUUUUUUUUGCCCAGGGUCGUUUUUAAAUGGUCUGAAAAGUUUUACUCGACCUGGUUUUUAAUUUUUGUUUUGUACUCCUGGGCAGAUGUUUUUGGAUUGCCAUGUGCAAUGGAUAUGACAUGUAUCUGGUCCUGUGUGCUUGUUUUAAUAUAUACAUACAAAACAAACACGCAUACAUACACAGUUUAUAUAUUACUUUUCCUUAUGUAUAAAAAGUAUAUAUAGAUAUAUGUAUAUUAACUACAAUGGUUCAGAAAUCAUUUAUGGUGAGCUCAUAUCUGGCAGAGCAGUGGCAAUAUUUGCUGCUUCCUAAUGACAAUAGAUGUAGAUAAGGUGGUGUUUUUUGUUUUCUUUGCUAGGGUGUUGUUAGAUUCCAGCAGUCACCCUGUUCUCCCGUGUUGUCUGUAUAAGGGUCUAGAUGGUUUUAGGGCAUUGCUCUAUUCCCCUUCUUUGCACUGACUGUCUGUAACAAUGUUUCUGUGGCAGUGCAGUGUCUAGACACAACAUUUCCCCCAUCUAGCUCUUGCUCUCCAUCUCUGUGAAGAAUUCAAGAUGUUUUCCUAACACUUUGUUUCCUCAACUCUUUUAGAAGUCCCAGCGGUGGUUCCUUGGCUCACCUCUGACUCUCAUGUUGUGACCACUGACUGAAGUGUUAGCAUAGCGUUCUUUCUCCUCCACCUGCCGCACAUAGAGCCACUCGGUACAGUGUUGAAGCAUCUUAUUUACAGAGAAUACACACGUAAAAAA